GUUUGUGCUUAUUUAUUUAGGUUGCGCCCGCCGAGUAGUGUUGUAGGUAGACUUAUUGUUUUCGUGUUCGCGUUUUUGUUUGCCGCUUUCUUCGCUUGUCUCCGGUGACACCUGUGCUAUGCGGUGCCGAGUGCUGCCUGUACGUGCGCUCGGAAAGAGAGAAGGCACCUCAGCAUGAUCACCAAGGAAGCAACAGCGGCAGUUGCUGAGGCGGUGAAAGCCCUCGAACGCUUCCGAGAAUCUCUGAGUCCCGCUGCAGCCGCUGAGCACGAAGAAGACCUCAAUGCUUUACUCGGAGUGUUGGCAGCGGACCCUGUGUUGGGACGCGUCUUGGCACUGCAGGAUUCACUUUCUCAGCUACGACGGCACCUCCAGCGGCACCCGUCGCUUCUGCCCAACGACUUCGACUUUUGCCCGCAGACGGGCGCGCUUACCCUCGGUGCGGGCGCCGUGCAGCUGGGCGAAGAUGAGAUCGACCACGAGGAGGCCAGAGAUGAGGAGGACGAGGACGAAGAGGAAGACGACAACAAUAACAAUAACAACAACUCGGACUCCUGCGAGCCGAGCUCCGAAGCCGACCAGAGCCUUUCGCACUCGGCAUCAGCCGCUGGGGCCGCACUGCACUACUCGCCUGAGCUGAGUGGGUCGUCGGUGGUGCACUGUGGAGGCCGAGCGGUGACGACGCCGGGCUACUUGGAGGAGUUUGAGCGGGCGAUCGUGCGAGGCGCAGCGGGGCGACAGGUGCUCCGUGUGGAGUUGGCCAGGCCGCCCGGUGCCAGCUUGGGAUUCAGCGUCGUCGGACUACGGUCACCGUCUAGAGGCGAGCUCGGGAUCUUUGUCCAGGAACUGCAGCCAAACGGCAUCGCCCAGCGUGAUGGACGCCUCGAAGAAGGAGACCAGAUCCUGGCGAUAGACGGCCAGCCACUGGACAGCAACAUCUCACACCAGCAGGCCAUUGGCAUUCUCCAGCAGGCCAGGGGAACCGUGCAACUUGUUCUCGCCAGGGGGACACCGGUCAGUGCCACUCCACCCGCCACUCAAGGCACCCCUCCCCCUCCUCUGCCGUCGGGUUCACUCACUGGAUCCGCGACUGCUGGAAGCACCAAGUCGGCAGCCGAUCGAGAAGAAGCCAUGGUGCUGGGCACGGAGUGGGCCGAAGUGGAAGCUGUCGAGCUGCUCAACGAUGGCUCAGGCCUCGGAUUCGGCAUCAUUGGUGGCCGCAGCACGGGUGUCGUCGUCAAGACUGUUUUGCCUGGCGGCGUUGCGGACCGGGAUGGGCGGUUGCAGAGCGGAGACCACAUUCUGCAGAUCGGUGACGUCAACUUGCGUGGCCUGGGCUCGGAGCAGGUGGCCUCUGUCCUGCGUCAGGCAGGGGCCCGGGUGCGCCUCGUGGUGGCGCGCCCCUCAGAGUCCGGUGACCUGCCGGCACCUCGACCCGCGUCACUUCCGCCACCCCUCGUGCUGCCCACCCGGCUUCUAGCCGACGCCGAGGAGCUCGAACGGCGCCUGCAGAUCCACAGUGCCACCAUCGCCAUGGCAACAGCCACAGGGGGGAAGCCCGGGUCGCCUCUGCUUUCCGAAAUGGCGCUGGAUGAACUUCCCGAGACUGAAUCCUUCGAAGUCGAGCUCGUGAAAGACCAGCAGGGAUUGGGCAUCACCAUUGCUGGUUAUGUCUGUGAAAAGGGCACUCAAGAUGAGAUCUCGGGCAUCUUUGUGAAGAGCAUCGCCAAGGGGAGCGCCGCGGAUGCCACCGGUUGCAUUCGCGUCAACGACCAGAUCAUCGAAGUGGACGGCCGGCCUCUCCAUGGUUACACCAACCACCAAGCCGUUGAGGUGCUCCGAUCGACGGGCAAGUGCGUCAAGCUGCGACUGGCCCGGCACCUCCGCGGCGCCCGCUACGUGCAGCUGCAGCAAGCCGUCGCCCUCUCGGACGCUAGCAGCUUGCCACCGCUGCCCACCACGCCAACGCUGACACCGGGACCCGCGACGCCAGUGUCAUUGCCUGGUAGCGCCCCGCUCACUCCAGAGCAGCCACCGCCACCGUUGCGGUCACCCAUAGAUGACGGCUUUGUCACCAGUGCCAUGACGGACCUGACCUCAUUUGCCUCCCCAGAAGAGGAGGAUAUGUUAUAUGCCGGCGAGCUAGACCCGAAAACAGAGGCAUCAAUUGUGGCCCACUGGAGCCAGGUGGUGGGGCUGGACUUCGACAUUGUGGUGGCCCAGUUGAGCAAGUUUGAGCCUGGAGGAGGACUGGGCAUCUCACUCGAAGGCACGGUCGAUGUGGAAGAUGGCCGAGAGGUGCGCCCGCACCACUACAUCCGCUCGGUGUUGUCUGACGGCCCCGUGGGACUCAACGGCCGCCUGCGCCCUGGCGACGAACUGCUUCAGGUGAACGGGCGUCAACUGUUGGGUCUGCACCACCGCGAGGUGGUGGGUGCCUUGAAGCAACUGCCCCUGCACGUGCGACUGGUGUGUGCCCGCCCCCGCCCUCUACCGCCUCCCCUCCCCUUGCACGGACCACCCCCAGUGAGCAGCGGUCGGCGGUCGCCCUCACGGGCUGCCUCUGACGAGCCCGACCCCUUCGCGUGCGAUGACAGCAGCAGCUACAUGGGUAUGGUGCAGAGCCCUAUGGCGCAGCGGCCCUCGUCGUCGUCGUCAGCGUCCCCACCGCCGCCACCCCUGCUGUCCGGUUCGCUGCCCGCCCUGGUAAAGGCCAAGUCGGACGGAUCACUGGCGCAGUCGGACUGGGAGGAGGGCCUGCCCGGCGGGGGCCCCCUGGUCAAGCUGCGGUCGCGCUCCCUCGAGCCCCUGACGGGUCUCGCCAUGUGGAGCAGUGAGCCUCACGUGGUCGAGCUGCUCAAAGGAGACAGGGGCCUUGGCUUCAGCAUCCUUGACUACCAGGACCCGAUGAACCCGAGCGAGACGGUGAUAGUCAUCCGCAGUCUGGUGCCUGGCGGUGUGGCACAACAGGACGGCCGUCUCAUCCCGGGCGACCGGCUGCUCUUCGUCAACGACGUGCCGCUGCAGCACGCGGGGCUCGAUGCCGCAGUGCAGGCCCUCAAGGGGGCACCUCGAGGCAUCGUGCGCAUCGGCGUGGCCAAGCCGCUACCCCUGCCGCCCCCCGACUCCAUGGGCGGUGGCGCGCCCGUCUCGUCUGCUUCCUGCACGCAGCCUGAGCGACCCGAGAAUUCCAUAUCAGUGGACUCGGAUGAAAUCAGUGCUAUUCAACCUCCAGAUGAGCUGUGGAAGGCGUCUUCAGGGACCGUUGUUCUGCACAACACUGGUGGAUCUCUAGGUUUGAAGCUGCGCUGGCAGCACGGUAUCUGGACCAUCUCGGACGUGGAGCCCAGAUCGGCUGUGGCCAGACACGGGGAGCUGCGCGUUGGGGACAUUGUGCUCUCCAUCAACGACCAGACACUCGCGGAAAAAACGCAGGGUGAAGUGGCCGCCAUCCUCGCUCUCAUACAGGAUCUCAGCGUGGUCUUCAUCAACUACCUCAGGGAGGUGGAUGGAGAGACGAUGGAACCUCCACCACCGAGUCCAUCUGUGGAGAAGGUCAAAAUGCGCAAGGUCAACGGUUUCAAGGAGGACGUCGUCGAAGCGGAUGGUGCGUCGGCACCGGGACGGCCUCGGCGGACAUCCCUACUCGUGCCAUCGACCGGUCCGCUGGGCCUGUCGCUUCGGCGGCGUCACUCGACGGCCCCCGACAUGGAGACGAUGGUGGCCGCAGUGCACAACAUCGCCUCGUCGUACGUGCCUUCGCUCAGGGAUUCCAUGUCAUCGUCAAAAGAGCUGCUGGUGCCAUCCAGCCAGAGCGUGACCUCGACGCCGAGCCCGAGCACCUCACCGCAGCCCUCGUGGCCGGCGCGCACGCCCUCGCCGCUGCUGUCACCGCCGGUCCACCCUCUGCACCACCUCUCCUCUCCCCUGCAACAGCAGUGGGGGCCUGAGCGUGAGGUCGAGCUGGUGCGUGAGCUGCCUCAGCAGCGCAACCUGGGCAUCAGCAUUGUGGGCGGCCACGUCGACCUCUUCCGACACUCUCAGGAAGGUGGAGGGAGCUCCGCCGACAGCCGCAGCGGCGUCUCGGGCAUUUUUGUCAAGAACGUGCUCCCGGACAGUCCGGCAGGCCGGCUGGGAGCCUUUGGCCGGGGCGAUCGCAUCCUUGAGGUGGAUGGCAUUGACCUUCGAGAAGCGACACACGACCGAGCAGUGGAGGUGAUCCGGAACGCCGGGACCCAUGUCAAGUUCAGGCUGCAAUCUCUUCUACCUACGCCAAAAGACAGCAUUGAUGACGCAAGCCAGGAAGCUUCACCACGGCUACUCUCACCACAGCCUUCAUUUGAAGCUGUGAGCCCCCAACGCAGUCCCCUGGCACUGACAAAGUCACUGUCGCGCGAGUCUCGCCUCAGCGUAACAUCCCAACUGAGCCGGAGUGCCAGCCAGGGUAGCCAGGACGGCUUGGAGCCGGCCCCAGAGCCCACCAAGAGAGUUCUCACCAUGCAUGGUGUAGAGAUCGACAUGAACAGUGCGGGAAGCAUCACACGCGAAGAGCUCUCAGACGCUGAGGAGGAAGAGGAGGAUGUCUACGGCUACACAAUGAAGAAGAUCGAGCGCAAGUAUCAGGAGCUCAAGCUGGCUGGCGGGGAGCUGCUCCUCGUGGAGCUGCAGAAGGGACCCAAUGGCCUCGGCCUCUCGCUAGCCGGCAACAAGAACCGCAGCCGCAUGAGCGUCUUCGUCUGCGGCCUCCACCCAAACGGCCAGGCUGCCCGCGAUGGCCGCAUACGGGUAGCCGAUGAGCUGCUAGAGGUGAAUGGAGUCGUAAUGUACGGCCGGUGUCACCUCAAUGCCUCAGCCAUCAUCAAGAGUCUUCCGGGUCCCACGUACAAGUUUGUCCUCCACAGGAGAGAAGACGCAGUGGAGGACAUGGCCGUGAAGCCCCUCACUCAGUAUCCGAUGCAACUAGACGAGCAGGGGCACGAAAUAAAAUAUGCAAACUACCGAGGGGUCCGGACUGUAACCGUGAAAAAGGGGACGCACGGCCUCGGCAUCAUGAUCCUGGAGGGCCGCCAUGCGGAAGCCGGCCAGGGCAUCUUCGUUUCGGACAUUCAGGAAGGCAGCCCCGCCCACCAGGCUGGCCUCGGAGUGGGCGACAUGAUCCUCGAUGUCAAUGGCACCGACGUCACUGGUGCCGAUUAUGACACGGUGGCGCAGCUCUUGAAGCAGGCCGAAGGAGUGCUGACGCUAAUUGUGGCGCGGCCCAUGGGUAAUGUGGUUCCCCUGCUCAAGAAGAAGGCAGCCUCCAUAGAAAGCCAGGAGCCCUCGCGGACGGUCCCGUCAAACCGCAAAAGCACGGUGGGUUCCCUGGCACUAUCGCACUGUUCGUCGAAAUGCCGGCCAUCCCCGUCGUCUCCCGACGGCCGCCUGCCAUCGCCCCUGCUGUCCCCUAUGCGGCCGGAAACUCUGUCCGAACACACGCCAGACCAGACGAGCCAAAGGCCAGACAGCGGCACCACCUCGCCGGCAUCGGACAUUAUCCGGCCGGGCCGCCCAACGGCCAUUGAAAUCACCAAGGAGAAACUGGGUCUGGGCCUCAGCAUUGUCGGUGGUUCAGACACACCUCUGGGUGCGGUCAUUAUCCACGAGGUAUAUCCUGAUGGUGCUGCUGCAAUGGAUGGCCGUCUUCGGCCUGGUGACCAAAUUCUGGAGGUUAACGGCGAGGACUUGCGAGAGGCGUGUCAUGAAGCCGCCAUUGCUGCUCUACGGCAAACUUCGUCAGUGGUGCGGAUGCAAGUGCUUCGGGAGGAAGAGCCGCAGCAGGACAUCCUCACGGUCGAGCUGCACAAAAAGGCCGGGCGCGGUCUAGGCCUGAGCAUCGUGGGCCGGCGAAAUGCACCGGGUGUCUUUAUCUCUGAGGUGGUGCGUGGCGGGGUAGCGCAGCUGGACGGCCGCCUCUGCCAAGGCGACCAAAUCUUGGAAGUGAACGGCCACAGCUUGGCGGCCGCCAGCCAGGAGAAGCGGCUGCUCUGCUCAAGACCACCAUGGGCCGAAUCUGCUUGCGCGUCGGGCGCCUGCGCCGGGCACCGUCGCAACGUGCCACCCAGGUGCCUGUCUCACGCUCGGACUCGAACCUCAAGCACUGCUAACGGACCCAUGACUGUGACCUUGGAACGAGGCUCAGAAGGCCUAGGCUUCAGUAUUGUCGGAGGUGCGGGGUCUCCGCACGGCGACCUGCCCAUCUACGUAAAGACAGUGUUUAAAGAAGGGGCCGCGGCUCGCGACGGCCGCUUGCGCCGCGGACACGCCAUUUUGUCGGUGAACGGACACUCGCUGGAAGGACUGUCACACCAGCAAGCCGUCGAACUUCUCCGUGACGCCCGUGGAACCGUUGAACUCGUCGUCCUCGACACGUCGGUCUUGGAGACGGCAGCUCCAAGCCCCACGCAUAGUCCGACGACUACAACGCCACCGGCGUCACUGUUCGCCGUGACUGAUCAAUCGUCGUGAUGACGGUGAAGACGUGGUGUGCCGUUCGGUGAAGUGCGUGCAGCAACGUUGAGGUGUCACCUUCGUGCGCGUUGUGGAAGCAGUGUUAUCCUCCGGCAAGGCCACGUGAGGCCUUUCCUCGUGCAAGACAAAAAAAGACUGAUGUGAAACCAUAGUCACUGCCCACCCAAUGCACUUGGGAAAUUUUUUUCUCCUUGCAAAAACAGGCACGCCCGCGGUGCACACGUUUUCAAGGGUACAGCUCGCUUUGUUUUCCAUCUCUGUUUUGAUCUUAACACUCCUACAAACACAAUCCAUGCAGCUGUGCAAGCGUGCCUUUAUCCAGAUGAACGGGGGGAAAAAAAGACAGUACGUCUCUUUAAUUUUGCGUAUGCAACUGAAGUGAGUUCGUGAAUUUCUUGUUUUUUAUUUUUUUCCUCCGGGCAGGUUCCCGGAUCAUGUGGAAGCAACGGUUUUGCAGGUGCCAUUGAAGUUGUGUCGUUGCCUGGUGUGUUUUUAUUUUUCUUUUGAUCUUCACCAGUCUCACUGUAGGUACCUCGCACCUUCUUUUAGUGUCUUGUUACUGUCAUUUUUAGUUGGGAACGUUAUCACUCGUACUAUCACGUCGUCUAAAAACUGGUGCCGAGGUAGAAGUCGAGUACCGCGGAGUAUUUGUUGCGUUGUUCAAUGGUGUUCAAAGACAUGUUUUUUUUUCUUGUUGAAGGCCAUGGCAUCUCUUCUGCUACUUAGACGCUCUCGUAUUUUUCUCACCUGCUUCUUCAGAGUCUCAAAUGGAUGCACGACGGUUGUGCAAACAGCCUCGACAGAAGCCGACUGAUACAACGAGAACAAAUGUGCUCCAAGUGGUCUGACCCGCUUUAAAGGAUGAGCAGAGGUGGAACACAAAGAGGUGUUUUGAGGCUUUCCGACAGAUAACUAGCGUAACCAAGAGAUGUAAGCAUCAAGACAUGCAAGGUGCUUUCCCAUGCACGCAUGGUGAUUGCUUCUUUCUUCUUUGUCACCAAAACACGGUGUAGCGUAGUUGUUUUUGUUUUUUUUUUUUCUUUCUAAUUUUAUCGGAGAUGCUACAUGGGACCAUUGAAGUCAGGUUCGGUCAAUCCCUCCAUCACCGGUGAAUACGUUGGCAGUUUCGCGGCAUUUUCGUAGCGAGCAGGUGUACCUGCUCAGACGACGCAACCAAACUUCUCGGAUCAUGUUGUUGUUUGCAUCCUCCCCAUUUUUGAGAUGGUUUAAGUCGUCUUCGCAAGGGAAGUACUGCACAAAGGGGUUAUGGGAACGACUUUUCUCGAGCACUUUGAGAAGGGGGGGUGCCCUGCGGAGAGCGUUGCGGUAGUUGUAACGCUGUCAAUGCGAUUGUUCGGGCGACCCUUCUUGCUGUUCUGCACUCAAUGGGACCAAAAACCAAGUUGAACACGUGAAAAACACUCCACACAAACACACAGACAACACUCGGAGAGUGCACUCUACACUGGUGGCACACUGGAGUCAGGGAGAGCAACAGCCGAAAGGGGCGCCAGAUUCUGCAUCCUCAGUUCAACUAGUGGGCUGGGUUGGUGUACUGAAUUAACGCCUUACUAGCAAAAUAAAUCUCUCGUCUCUAUCGCAUUGAUGCCAGUUGGCAAAUGGUAACCAAUGCCAGAAUCAGACAUAGUUGUACUCAUGGCGUGGAUAGCUCGAAAGAGGAUUUGCGGUUAAUGUCACAGAAGCGAUUUUCGCUUCUUGAAAAGCAGUCAAGGACCAAAUACUAUUUACGAAUUGCAUAUCGUGUCUGCGGCUCAAGAAUACCAGUGAAGAAUCUACACGGAAACUUUUGACGUGAACGCUUUUUUCUUCUCUGCAAAAGCGAGCUUGGUUUAAUGUUACUGGUGUUGACAAAACUUUGUGCGCUGCUGUUUAGAACCACAGAACCAAACAUGCAGAUAUGUAACUCAUCAUUAAAAAAAAAUCUUGUGUAGAAUUCUGUAUGGCCUAAUCAUGAACAGCUUAAACGAGUUUCUAUUGUCAUCUGUACCACCGCCUUUACAGUUUUUAUGAUUAAAGCAUCGUUGGGGCAUCAAGUCUGCUGAAUGUCCUUUUGUUUCUGGCAAAAAGAUGGCGAAUGUUCAAACAUAAAUGCUGUGACAUGUCUUGACAACCAAAGAAGAAAAAUAUCUGGAGGUAAACUGCAUGUCCUCGCCUUUUUAGCGUUUGUCGUUGCAGAGUUGUUACCUUAGAAAUUGAAAACUGCAGCACUGAAUAUUAUCUGAUUACUGUGCUGCCUCGCCUCAAUUUUUCCAAUUUCUCAGACAGACUGUGAUUUUUCGUAGCGUGUCGGAAGUUUCGCUGAGUUGACGUCUGUCUUGCGGUGCUUAUCAUUAGGAGUAAACGUUGUAGAGUUGAGUCCUUGAAGGAACGUAACACUCUGGUAGAAGUUACGUCCACUACUACUUCCUUUAAAGAAAUUUUAAUAUUUCAUGAGAAGAGCAUCGCCUCUUGAUAACAGCCCUCAUCUAAUGUCUACUGCCAAGGUUUUAGGAUGUUUUCUUUCAUUGUGCCAACUGUUGGCUUUACACGUGGCACGAAUAAGUCGGUCUCACUUUUUUUUAAUCUUUCCAGUGAAUCCAUGGAGUGUGUCUUAAUGCAGGCUACAUUCACUGAAUGGGCAGUUUUUGUUUUAGUCAUUUGCUUAUAUUCAAAGCACAAACUUUUACAGUUGGUGUAAUUUUUAUAAAGGCCUGUCCUGAACGGUGUACUCUGGAUAGCAUCUGGUUUACGUACCGUUGAAUUUCAUUGUGGCGAGUGCGACACAUACACCUGCAACUGUCAUGGAUGCAGUAUAUACAUCUAUGAAAGAUUGCGCUGUCAGUGCAGAAAACCAUACAGGUGACACACUUUGCCAAGGUUUUGAAACGCCACACGCGCCCAAGCCACACUUCUGAGCAAGAACGAUCGAACCCAAUCAGGUGUGUUCAAAUGAUAGGAUUUCCUCUAGUCAAGUUCCAACUGCUAAUCAAAUUGUUUGAUGGGUUCAAUCGAAGCAGGAAUAAAAAAUGUCCAGACGAGGCCAGUGGCUCAUUUCGCAGUAUUGGCCAGAUUCUGACACUCACGCAGUUUGUACGGGCCGAACGUAAAGUAUCUCUCAUACCAGAUUUUAAUGCGCUCCAAAUUUUAUCGCAAAGAUGUGUUGCACCGCCUAAUAGGAUGAAGCUUCAUAGUUUACUGUCAAACAACCGACAACAAAAUUAGUAUUAUACUAAACCGCUUUUCAUCGUUGUCUAUCAACUGUAACAUGAUGCACUCAUCGCGUCUUAUAUUCUUUCUAUAACCAUUGCGCUGCAGUCGCCAACAAAGCAAAGGCUCUAGCCUAGGUUAGCCAUUUUACCAGUUUGUCUUGCGAUUCACGUUUUUCGAGAGCAGCGCGACUUUCUUAGUUAAAAUUUCGUGAAAUAAUUUUAGCUUUUGAAAGAGUUUUCGUGAUUAUAAUCCGGAAAGCGACACAUCACUGUUGUACCGCACAAAACUUGCUGCUGCUUUUUUACGAUGCGCUUGGUUAAGAUAAUAGCUCUGACUGUAGGUAUUUCACUAACACUAAGAAAUGAUUUUUUAUUUUGUAUCCAACUAUAAGGCUAUAUAAUUUGCUGACUAAUUUUUGUGUAAAAAAAUAAAUAAAUAAAACAUGUUUGCUAUAAAUAGGUGAAUAUAGGAAGCAUUAAGAAAUUGUAAGUUUGUUAAUCAGGAUACUCAAUGAAUCCAAAUACAUAAUUUUUAUUUAACCGUUUUCAUUUGGAGGAAUGGUAUGAAUGCUGUUGGCAAAGUGAAGUAUCAGGCUAGUUAGUAAAGCAGUUCAUUAAUAAUGCUGUUGAAAAGUUUCGAGCAUUACUCCACACCUAGUCAUUGCGUUUUAACACUGUACUCGUUGACUUUUUUCUAAACACAAACACAAUUUCCAAGGCUCAUGUGCUAGGAAUGAGCGGUCACACAUUACACGUGAACAUACGUAUAGACAAGUAUUUCCAAAACCAACAGUGCCACAGCACAAUCAAAUUCUGCACCAGUCACCAGCAAACUGGGUGGGCUACACUAGCGCAACGAUACUGUGUUGAAAAUUUGCGCUUGGUAUAAGAAGAAAGGAGGCAAAGCUUUUGGGAAAAAAAGCCUGUCCGCUUAACUUUUUUUUUUUCUGUCGCUGAAGACUGCUUCGAGGGCAUCUUUUCAGGCGCUUCUCGAAGGACGCACAUUACCUUGCUGCACUUUUUAGAGUUACCUCGUUUCCGUCGCCACUAAUCGAGUAUAUCGACGUGCUUCAAGCACCGAGAGCGUACAUGCCAACGACAUUGUAGAUAGCAUCACAUUUCUUUUGUGCUCUUUCGUGCUCUCACGCUCAGCCAACCGACACAUCCUGGUGCAUUAGCACGUGUAUUGUGUGUGGAAGGUGAGCGUGCUUUUAAGUGUCAUGUUAUCCUGUUGCCAGAUUUCGGGUUGAGGCAUGUGCUGUUAUUGUGUGUUUGGCCCUGCCCGUCAGGCGGAUGUCUAUUGGCUUUUCAGUGCCAGCUCGUUCAGUUAUGCACUGGCAUGGGAGUACUACCUCGGCUUGGUGCAGUGUUGCCAGCAUGGGCUUAUGGGUUAUUCGUGGCUGGAGAAACGGUUGGAUUAGCACAGGCACAAAAUGCAGUUAAAAAUAACAUUGCGUUUGCUUGGAGAAGCUUAAAACAAAUCCACUGCAAAGCAGCAAUUCAUAAUUUUACGAGUGUAGCUGAACCCGUGUACGUUUUUUAUGUGCUUUUAUUUGCAUAAGUGCUUUUUUAUUAGGGGAUAAAAAAAGAGCCUUAGUUUCUAUACAGAAAAAUUUAGCAUCUUGACUGUGUUGAUGAUGGGCUUACUGGACUUAACAGUGUUUGCACAUACUUUUCAGUUUUAUUUACAUAUGGUGCCGUCUCUUGGCAAGAUAUUGCAGGUGUAGGUACAGAAGUUUCUUGCAAUUCAGACAUUGCGCAGUAUAAAUCAGCAUACAUAGUAACACCGUAACGUUAAAAGGUGUGAAUGGGCAAACAAAUGAAAAGGUUUUUAUUAUACACCUAAAGUUGCCACAUUGCAAGCCUGCCCACUUUUCAGUGAAGUGGGCAGGCUUGCAAUGAUUACUAGUAAACAUCCUUGAUUACUAGUAAACAAUUGUGCAGUACGUGGCACACGAAAUGUGUAAUGCAGUUUAAACUCUCAACCAUUUGUAGGCUGCUUGCCCUGUAUGUUGUUUUAUUGUAUACUAACGAACUUAUAAUGUCCACCUGUGCAUCCAGCUGACAGUGGCAUUGUACAGAAUCAGACAAAGGCAAAAAGCAUGAAAAACAAUUUAUUUUUCACGAUUGGCUCCCAAAUGCACGAGAUGCAAUGUCAUGGGUGAUACGACUUAGUCAAACAAAAUGGUUUACAAUUUCUAUCAACUCUAUAAAUGGCGUAUCGCCACUUUUACCAGUGGAAUGAGUGGCCUUUAUUCAGUGCCGUGCUUGCAAAUUAGUUCCCAUUUUAUUGCCUGCUGCGCUUGUGUUCAUUCUAAGCGUUACUCCAGCCAAGAUCGAGGUAGACAUGUGGGAGCUGUUGAUUCGAUGCUGGAAGCAAGUGUUUAAUGAAAAUUGUUUUAUGAAGACUUGAAAUAAAAUGUCAUGGUGUGGCA